AUGGAAAUUCUCGAGGAGAAAUACAUCCAUUCGGCCGACCGUCUCGACAAGCCAUCGCAGUAUCUCAUCCGCAAGUCGGUCCGUCGGGGCAACUUCGACAACAUCACCAAAUGUCUCAACUCAAAAACCGUCUACGUCGGAAACCUCACCAACUUCACCACCGAGGAACAAAUCCAUGAGCUCUUUUCAAAGUGCGGAGCCAUUGACAGAAUCAUCAUGGGUCUUGACCGUAACAAGCUAACGCCGUGUGGGUUUUGCUUUGUGAUAUAUAAAAGCCAGGAAGGUUCAUUUAAUGCGCUGAAAUAUCUUAAAGGAACACAUCUCGAUGGGCAGGGGUUGGAGAUUGACUUGGAUCCUGGAUUUAGAGAGGGUCGCCAGUUCGGAAGAGGCAUUUUUGGUGGCCAAGCCAGUCAUGAUUCAGUUGAGCAUACCUUCAAUGGAGGAUACGAAAGAAGAGAAUUUGGUGGACCUAGAGGUGGCUUUAGAGGUGGUUUCAGGGGUCGCGGUCGUGGCCGUGGACAUAGAGGCGGUUUUAGAGGACGUGGUGGAUAUAGUCAAAGGGAUCAUUACGAGUAG